AUGACUGUCAACGCCCCAACCAAGGACCAGCUCAAGCAGUGGGACGAGGAGGACCCCCUCAACUGGACCCGCGCCGAGUUUGAGAUCCCUGACGCCCGGAAAUGUGGCGGCAAGGUCGACGGUGAGACCGUCUACUUCUGCGGCAACUCGCUUGGUCUGCUCAACAAGCGUGCGCGACAGCACAUGAUGGAGGAGCUUGAUGUGUGGUCCACGAGUGCUGUCACCGGCCACUUCAAGCACCCACACGGCCGGCCGUGGAAGACGCUCGCCGACCCCAUGCUGCCCGUCAUUGCCAAGCUCCUCGGCGCCAAGGAGUCCGAGUGCGCCCACUCGUCAACCCUCACGACCAACAUGCACACCCUCCUGACGACGUGGUACGCGCCCACACCCAAGCGGUGGAAGAUUGUCAUUGAGCGUGGCGCGUUCCCCUCGGACUGGUACGCCGCCCAGUCGCACCCCGGGCUCCACCGCAACGUGCUCUCGGACGAGCAGAUCGAGAACGCCAUCUUGGCCGUUGAGCCCCGCGAGGGCGAGGAGCUUCUCCGCACCGUGGACAUCCUCAAGGUCAUCGAGGACAACAAGGAUGAGAUUGCGCUCGUGUGGCUUCCCAUGGUCCAGUACUACACUGGCCAGGUGCUCGACAUUGCCCCCAUGGUCAAGAAGACGCACGAGGCAGGCGCCCUCUUUGGCCUCGACAUGGCCCACGGUAUCGGAAACAUCAAGAUGCACCUCGACGACUGGGGAGUCGACUUUGCCGUUUGGUGCACGUACAAGUACCUGAACUCUGGGCCUGGUGGGACUGGCGGCUUCUUCAUCCGCGAGGGGCUGUCGGACAACGGGCGGCGCCUGGCCGGCUGGUGGGGAGUCAACCCCAAGACCCGCUUCGACAUGACCGAGGAGUUUGACCCCACCCCGGGCGCGCAGGGCUACAUGCAGUCGAACACUGGUGUGCUCGGUUCCAUCCCCCUGCUCGCUACCCUCGAGUUGAUUGACAAGGUCAACUUUGACAACCUCCGCGCCAAGGGUGACCGCCUCACUGGUGCUCUUGACGCUCUUCUCAAGCAGUCCAAGUACUAUAUCCCCGCCGACAAGCUGCCGAAGGAGGAGGACGACACCAAGAUCGGAUUCCACAUCAUUACGCCCGAGCUGCCCAACCGCGGCAGCCAGCUGUCGCUCUUCAUCCACCCGGCCAAGAAGGGCAUCAUGCCCCGCGUGUUUGAGAAGAUGGUUGACCGGGGCCUCGUCGGCGACGAGCGCUUCCCCUAUGUCAUCCGCCUCGCCCCCAUGGCCCUGUACAACACGUUCCAGGACGUCGGCCGGGCUGCCGAGAUCGUCGAGGAGGCCCUCGCCGAGGUCGAGGCCGAGGGUCUUGGCAAGUAG